AUGGCAACAUCACCACCACCACCACCACCACCACCAAGCGGCGGCUUCCUCCUGUCCCCAGCAGCCUCGUCCACGAUAUCGAGCACGACCAGCGGCAAGCCAAUCCUACCACGCCCUCGCGAUUCGCCCCUUCGAGCCGGUGGUACCAAGGAAGGCGCGCUCAUACGCUACGCAGACCAACAGAUACUCCAUAUCCAGCGACGCUUCGCAAAACGCACCUCCCCAUGCAACAAGCACUUCUCGAACAUCGAUCGCGACAAGACAGAUGUAUGGGGUGAUGUGAAGGGCUAUGGGACUAUGAAGGAGGCUUGUAAGGACAUCGAGGAGUUGGUCGAUAUUAUCUGGAUUAGUGGCAGUCCGCAUCUGCAGGUUUCUUACUUGAUCAGUAUUGCGCUGUUCAUUGAGACGUUGGUGCAAGGAAUGCCGCCUAGUCCGAAAGGACUCUUCAAGCUGCUUAACAAGAUGGACCAUGCAUUUGCGAGUCUACUGCAAGGGAGGGAUGUUGAUACUGGCGAGAGAUUACCGGGCUUCGUCAAUGGAAGGGCCGUCACCGGGACGGAGCAAGUCAGGAUUAGGAGCAUCGUCGAGCGCACAAGGAGGAAUGUGGUAGAGGCUUUCAAGAAGGGCGAGUUUGAGGAGGAGCGAGUGCACGAGGUUGAUGAUGAUAAUAAGAUGGACAUAGAUACAGAUGGCGAGCUUGUGCUCGAGGGUAAUGACUUGGACGAGCCAUAUGAAGGUGAUGACACGUUCGAUAUGUCGAUUGGGAGGGUUUACGACCGGUCUAUGGUGGAGCUGGGAGACAGCCUCGAGGAGCCAAGUCUGGGCAUUAUCACAGAGGGACGGGAACGGACGUAA